AAGGCAGAGGAGAAAAGAAAAAAAAGGAAAAGGUUUCUUUAGUGUAGUAGCUCCACCAGCUCCGCCGACAUUCCUCUGGUUCCUCUUAAUGUUGACUGAAGCAGCAGAGCGCUCUGCUGUCUGCGCUCCCCGGCGGCCCACGGCGGCUUGAGAGAGAGAUUAUUCCAGAGAGAGAGGAGAGGACUGCGGGAGGAGAAGUGCGGGAGAAGUGUGGGAAAAGUGCGGAGGAGGAAUACCGGAGAGUUGCGGGAGCAACGGAGGCACCGGGGCGACUUUGGAGCCACUUUGGAGAGCUUUGCGCGCUUGUUCCACGCGGCGCAGGGAGGAGAGGAGAAGUGCGGGAGGAGAAGUGUUGGAGGAGAAGUUCGGGAGAGCUGCGGGAGAAGUGUUGGAGGAGAAGUUCGGGAGAGCUGCGGGAGAAGUGCGGGAGGAGAAGUGCGGGAGGAGAAGUGCGGGAGAGCCGCGGGAGGAAUACCGGAGGAGCUGCCGGAGCACCGGAGCCGCUUUGGAAAGCUUUUACGCAGCGCGCAGUGCUGUCUCAACUGCGGCUUGAAAAGAGAGACUUCCAGGCGGCUCCGAGAGGGAGAGGACUGCGGGAGAGAAGUGCGGGAGAGCUGCGGGAGAGCUGCGGGAGAGCUGCCGGAGGCACCGGAGCCGCUUUGGAGAGCGUUUACGCUGCGUAAAAGCGCAGAAUGCAGGCGCGCUACUCCGUCUCCAGCCCCCCCAGCUCCCUGGGAGUCGUGCCGUACAUCAGCAGCGAGCAGAGCUACUACCGCGCCGGCGGGGGGGGCUACGCCGGCCUGCCGGCGCCCAUGAGCAUGUACUCCCACCCCCCCCACGAGCAGCCGUACCCGGCCGGCGUGGCCCGCGCCUUCCACCACGGCCCGUACGCGCACCAGCACCAGCACCAGCACCACCAGGCCAAGGACCUGGUGAAGCCGCCCUACUCCUACAUCGCCCUGAUCACCAUGGCCAUCCAGAACUCCGCGGAGAAGAAGAUCACCCUGAACGGCAUCUACCAGUUCAUCAUGGAGCGCUUCCCGUUCUACCGGGACAACAAGCAGGGCUGGCAGAACUCCAUCCGGCACAACCUCUCCCUCAACGAGUGCUUCGUCAAGGUCCCGCGGGACGACAAGAAGCCCGGGAAGGGCAGCUACUGGACCCUGGACCCGGACUCCUACAACAUGUUCGAGAACGGCAGCUUCCUGCGCCGCCGCAGGCGCUUCAAGAAGAAGGACGUGGUGCGGGAGAAGGAGGAGGAGGACCGGGGCCGGCGCGGGGGGAAGGACCCGUGCGGGGCCCCGGAGCCGGUGUCGGGGCCCGGGGGCCCGGGCCCGGGGCCGCUGCGGCUCCAGGACAUUAAGACGGAGAGCGGGGGCUCCACGCCCCCCCAGGCCGAGUCCCCCGCGCUGGGGGCCGCGGCCAAGACGGAGAGCCCGUCCGGCUCCAGCGGCGCGUCCUCGGGGAGCCCCGUCCCGUCCUCCCGCGCCCUGGGCCUGGAGCCCCCGCAGGGCUUCACUGUGGACAACAUCAUGACCUCGCUGCGGGGGGGGUCCCCGCAGGCCGAGCUGCUCUCCCCGUCCCGGACAGGCCUCAGCUACUCCCCCCCCGGGGGCCCCGGGGGCCCCGCGGGCCCCGCCGCGUACGGGAACAACCAGGGCGCCACGUACCACUGCAACAUGCAGGCCAUGAGCGUGUACGCGGGGGAGCGCGGGCCCGGGGGGGUCGAGGAGCCGCUGCCCGACUACUGCAUCACCGCGGCCGCGGGGCCGAACCUGCAGGGCCCCGGGGGCCCCGCCGCGGGCCCCGCCGCGGGCCCCGCCGGGGGGGGCCAGGACCAGGCCCGCCUGGUUCCGUCCUGGUACGCGGACCUGGGCCACCUCAGCCCCGGAUACCCGUCCGCGCAGCAGCAGAACUUCCACUCGGUGCGGGAGAUGAUGUUCGAGUCCCAGCAGCGGCUCGGGCUCAACGGCUCCCCGGCAGGAGGAACCAGCAGCUGCCAGAUGUUUCCGUCCGGCCAGCCGCUCUACCGAACCCCCGGGGCCUUCGUUUAUGACUGCAGCAAGUUCUGAGAGAGAGAGAGGCCUUUUUUCAGAUAAAUAAUAUAUAUUUCCCCGUAUUUUUGUGCCUUUUUUCUGCUUUUCUCCCUCCGAAUUCACGGACACGAGGUUUAAGGGAAUUUUUGACAUUUUUUUAUUCUUUCUGAGAGCUGUGUAACACCAAAAACACGUAAGUUGCCUUCACCUCUCACUUUGAGGAUUGUUUUAUGACCAGACUGUAAAUUAUAGCCUAAUAUAGUAAUUUAUUUUGUAGGAAAAGGGAGUGGAUGUUGAGGACCAAACUUUUUAAGCCAGUUUUCUUAUUGUUGCUGCAGUUUUUGUAAAGAUGUGCGGGGGGAGGAGGGAGAGGAGGGGGAAUUGUAGACUAUACUGACCUUAUUUUAU